AUGACAUUAUUGCUUGAUCGCUUUUACUCGGGGUUGCGAGUCUACCUCUGGAAUUGGCAAUACCUCUCCCGCCCAGACCUAUCUCCGCCCAGACUAAACAUCACAGUCCUGGCCUCAUCACGCAUCGAACCGGGCUACAUAUUCGUGACACCGACUGCUGGGUUCAUUCAAGGAAGCGUCGGACCGGAACAGCCUGGAGCAUACAUCUUCCGUGACGAUGGAGAGCUUGUCUGGUCGGGGCUGGGAUAUAUCGCAGGCUUCGCGGGGGACUUUAGCCCGACUGUCAUUGAUGGAAAGCCUGUGCUGCGCUCUUCUCAAGGCCUGCUUGAUCCUUUCCAUGGACGCAUGUAUGGGGAUCAUGUCGUUCUUGAUGACCGAUAUCAGACUGUUAGAAUUGUGCGGGCUGCGUCGCAUCGCUUAGUGUCUGUUCAUGAGUUCAACGUUGUGAAUGGGAAGUCGGUCUUGGUUGAGACUCCGGUGCCGGUCCCUGCCGACUUGAGUAUCUAUGGAGGGGAUGAGGGUCAGGAGUGGAUUCUGAAUCAUGGUUUUCAAGGUGAGUCGGAAUCUGCCCAACGCUCGUCUACUUGUUCAAUGCUGAAGUGCUCGAUAGAGCUGGAUCUCCAGACGGGAGAACUGCUCUUUGAGUGGUACAGUCUCGAUCAUAUCAACCCCGAAUGUCAGUUCAAGUGUCCAAUCCCACAUUACAAGCGUCUUAAUGUUAUUACAGACAGUUCAGUCCCCCUCAUGAAAGAGGGACCUUUCUCCGGCCGCAGCUCAUUCGACGCAUAUAAUUAUUUCCACCUCAACAGUAUCGACAAAGACGACGAAGGUAACUAUCUUAUCUCAGCACGCCACUAUUGCGCAAUCUUCAAAAUCAACGGAACCAAUGGCGAGAUCCUCUGGCAGCUUGGAGGCACCCGUGGAUCCGAUUUCGACAUCCCUUCUAACGUAGAGUUCGCGUUCCAGCAUGACGCCCGGUUUCGUCACCGAUCUCCGGAUGGAUCUAUAGAGAGAAUCUCAUUCUUCGAUAAUGCAGCUAUCACUGAACCGAUCGACCCAAUCAAUCCAAUUUCAAGGGGUCGAUACGUCGAGUUGAACCACACCGCUGGCACAGCUACAGAGAUUCACACGUAUGACGCCCCAGACGGGCUCAGUGCGCAAUCGCAAGGAAAUUUCCAGUUCUUACCCAAUGGAAACAAGUUCAUUAACUGGGGCCAGGCGGGUGCCGUGACAGAGUAUACAGAAGAUGGGACCGUGUUGUUCCAUGCAUACCUCGAUUCGUAUCCGAAUCAGAAUGUACAAAGUUACCGGGGGUUCCGAUCAAACUGGACUGCCGUCUCAACCGAAGAACCUGCUGUUUUGGCAUUGAGCGAUGGAGAUGGAAAGUUAUCGGUCUGGGUGUCUUGGAAUGGAGACACAGAGACCAGAACUUGGAUAUUCUAUCUUAUUGAAAAUGCCAGCGAGAAAGUUGUUGUAUCGCUUGGGACACAGACAAGGACUGGAUUUGAGACUCUGUUUGAGAAAAGUAUCGGUGGAACUGUCAAGGCACUUGAAAAGUUCUCGAUUGAAGUUGAGGCCUUGGAUGCUCAAGGUCGCGGACUUGGGAGUAGCAGACCUGUCUGGAUUCAAGAUGAUGCACCGUAUCGGGCUCAUCUCCACAAGAUCCAAUCUCAGUCAAGUCGUGCAACCGAGUUUCGGGAACACGAGCUAUGA